AUGGCCUCUCAAGAAUCUGAAGGACAAACAAACCCAGUCUUUAAGGACUACCUCCCUGGUUCUUCUGACCUGCCAGAGCAGGACAAGCCUGCUGAGCCUGCAGGCCCCUGGAAGCAAGCCUCACACACGCAUAACUUACCACCUGGACUGGAGUACCUGAACCAGCUUGACCGGAUCAUUAUUCAUCAGCAGGUGGAGCUCCUUGAAGCCAUACUUGGCACAGAGACCUGCAGCAAAUAUGAGAUUAAAAACCAUUUGGGACAAAGAGUUUACUUUGCAGUGGAAGAAAAUGGUUGCUUCAAUCGUAACUUGUGUUCACCUAUAAGGUCUUUCACCAUAAGGAUUGCUGAUAACACUGGCCGAGAGGUGAUUACAGUGAAUAGACCCUUGAGAUGCAACAGCUGCUGGUUCCCUUGCUUCCUGCAAGAGUUAGAAGUUCAGUCCCCACCAGGUACAGUAGCUGGUUACGUUGUACAGAACUGGGACCCGUUUCUGCCUAAGUUUACAAUACAGAAUGAAAGUAAAGAAGAUGUACUAAAAAUAAUUGGUCCAUAUGCAACUUGUGGCUGUUUUGAAGAUGUUGACUUUGAGGUAAAAGCCCUCAAUGAAAUGUCGACGAUUGGCAAAAUUUCCAAGUACUGGUCUGGAUUUGUAAACAAUGUCUUUACCAACACUGCCAACUUUGGGAUCCAGGUCCCAGUAGAUCUUGACGUGAAAAUCAAGGCAGUGAUGAUCGGUGCAUGCUUUCUCAUCGACUUAAUGUUCUUUGAAAACUCUCUGGAUGCCUUCUAA